ACGAUCUGAAUGAAAAGAGUCUCAACGAUGAACGUUGCAAAAGUUACGCUGCAGAGGCAGGCAACAAACGUUUUUUGAGAGAACCCAACACCGUAUCUCUACGCGAAAAAAAGAUAUCGAACGUCCUCACUACUAUCAAACAGUCAAUGUGUGUCGAUUUUUGCUUCCUUCUAGACUGCACUGAAUCUAUGACGUCACAUAUUGACGCUGCUAAAGAUUGUAUCCUACAAGUGGUAGACUACGUGGAACGUACGAACCCAGGAAUCAAAAUUUGGUUUGGAUUCUGUGGCUACCGUGAUCACUGCGAUUAUCGUCGCCUGCAGUUUUACUACUUUACCAACUCUUAUCAGAAAUUCAGAAACUACAUAUCCUCCAAGGUAGUAGCUGACGGUGGUGGUGAUGAACCGGAAGACGUCCUAGGCGGACUUAACCCAAAUGAACUGGAAUCGAAUGAAAGACCAUUAUCCGGAUGGCGACCCACAUGGACUAACUGCCGAAAGCGUGCUGGCCAGGAUAUUACGAAUAAUACCGAAGAGAUGCUCUGCGUAUUCCGAGGAAUAAUUGGCGAGUUCCCAGUAUAUGAUCUCAGUAAUACAGAUGGAACAUUAAUUGCCAAAUUAAUUCAAGCUACUUGUUCGGCCAUCACCACUUCUGUUGCGCAGACUAGCAUUCUGGAUAAAGGCGCUGAAGGUGCAUACUUAUUGCGGCGAAAAGAGCGUGAAUUAAACAAAAACGAACCUGAUUGGCAUGAACACUCCAUUCAAACUGGGACAAUUGCGUGGUUUCGCCCUCCUGAAUCCUUAGCCAAUAUCAAAGAGAGAAAAUGCUUCAAAAACUCAAACCUCUCCUUCGAAAAAAUCUCUUUCAAGGUUGCCCCACAACCAUUUGCCAUUGGUGCUGAACGAUACGCAUAUUUUGCUCUUGAUGUCACAGAUACAUUGACCAAUAAAAUAGUGAUAAAAGAAUACAUCCAUCCUGGAGUAAAAGCGAAUUAUAUUGAACAAUAUCUUGAAGCAGUAGAGGUCGCCACUAUUACGCAUUUCCUUUCCACUCAAUUUAAUUUAGUUGCCACGCGGGUUGGUGUCAACAGGAAGGUGAAAUUUCUCAAAGUGAAUCUCUUACACCACAAUACCAAUGGAUCGGAUAUGCAAUAUAAUACAGUAGAAUCAAGUUUAGAUAAAACGAAGUUUAAACGGUUCAAUGUAAAUAGUGGCGUAAUUACCGAGUUCCAUUCUACCCUCGAGGCAUUUGCUCAUUUUACAUAUGAAUACACCGAAGGAUAUUUAGUGAUUUAUGAUUUACAAGGGGUUGAAUGUCCCGAUUAUUUCUUGUUAACAGAUCCAGCAAUACAUUGUACUGAUACUCUAAGGUUUGGAAAGACGAAUCUCGGAAAAAGGGGAAUUGAGAAGUGUUUCUUGGCAAAUCAUAAAUGUAACACUGUUUGUCAAAAGUUGGGACUAAUCAAAUUAUGA